AUGGAAUUACAAGAAUCAGAUAAUACAAAAAGAACAAAAGUUUCAAAAGCUUGUGAUUAUUGUAAAAAAAGAAAAUUUAAAUGUAAUGGUAUACCUCCAUGUGAAUUAUGUUUGAAAAAGGGAAUUGAAUGUUCAUUUAGUAUAAUAGAUAGAAGAACUAUUAGAAGGAAAAAUAAAAAAAGAACAGUUAAACCAAAACCAAUAGAAGUUGUAGGUGAAUCAUCAUCCUCAUCAUCUCCAAUUAAUAAAAAUUCAAAUUCAACAAUUCAACAAUCUAAAACUUUAACAAAUAUUAAUUCAAAAUUUGUACAUAAAAUUGUUAAAGAUGAUAACCAUAUAGAUAAAAAUACUUUAACAAUAUUAAAACAAAAAAGUAAAUUACCAAUUAGAUUUCAACCUUUAACUAUAUUUCCAUUACAUAAAGUUGAUGAGAAUGAAAAUAGUAAUAUCUCCACUAAAACUCCCACUCCUACUGCAGAAACAAAUAACGAAUUAAUAAAUGAUACAUCAAAUCAAGACAAUAUGACUGAAACUUCCAAUACUAUAACCACCACUCGAAAGUCUAUAUUAGAAGAAGAGAUUGAAAAACCUAAUGUUUUAUAUGAUGCGGGUGGUAAUUUAAGAUAUGUUGGAGAAUCAUCACCAUUAUCAUUUUUAUUUGAAUGUAGAAAUAUUUUUAAUAAGUUUAUUGGUAAAUCAUCUUUUACAUCAGAAAAAGAUUCUUUAGAAAUUUUUGAUAAUCAAGAAGAAGUUUUAGAAAUUGUUCAAGUUGCUUUACCAAAUAGAGAUUGUAUGAAAAAAAUAUUGGAAUUAUAUCAUAUUCAUAUAAAUCAAGUUUGUUAUAUAUUAGAUUUAAAAUAUUUUGAAAAAGAAAUUAUUGAACCAAUUUAUGAUAAUUAUGGAGAUUGUUCAAUUAGUCAGAUCGCUUUAAUUAAUUUAGUUAUUGCAGUUGGAUUAUUAUAUGCUGAAAGAUCUCAAGAUCCCAUAUUAAAAGAUUUAGAAUCUUCUCAAAUGAAAUCUUCUGCAUAUUUUGAAUAUGGUAUAUUUUUAACAAAAAAAUAUAUGAGUGUUGGGAAAUUAUGGAUAACUGAAGCAUUUGCUAUAGCAUCAUGUUAUUAUCAAUCAAAACUGCAAAGAAAUACUGGUUGGAUUAUGAUUGGAACUGCUAUAAGAAAUGCUCAAGCUUUAGGAUUACAUAGAAAAUAUAUUAAUGAAUCAUUUAAAAAUAAAGCAUAUGUACGUCAUAGAAGAAAAUUAUUUAAAAGUUUAUAUAUUAUGGAUAGAAUUACUUCAGUAUUAUUAGGACGUCCAUUAAUUAUAGAUGAUUAUGAUUGGGAUGAUUAUGAUUCAUCAGAUAUUUAUGAACUUGAUGAAAAUGGUAAUAAAAUAAAUAAUAUUUAUCUUGAAGCAAUGGAACAAACUUGUAAAGUUGCCAAAAUUAUAAGUAAAAUUAUAAGAGGUUUUUAUCUUGAUGGUAUUAUUAAUCCUUAUAAAGCUGAAAAAUUAGCAAUUGAAUUAAGAUUAUUUUCAUUAAAUUUACCAGAAAAUUUACAAAUUGAUAAAGUUAUUGAUUAUGAUGAUAAAGUUAUAGAUGGUUCAAAAGAUAAUAAAAUUCCUUUAUUAUUAAUUCAUUUAUCUCAAUUAUAUGCUAUAACAUUAUUAUCAAGACCAUUUUUUAUGUAUGUUAUAUUUUUUCAAAAAAAAUUUAAAUUAAAAAAAAAAAUUAAAACAAGACAAGAAAUUUCAAUUUGUAAUUUUUGUAAAGCAACAGUAAAAGCAUCAAGUUUAACAAUUCAAUUAUUAUAUUCUUAUAUAAAUUAUACAAGAGAUGUAUUACAAAGAGUAGAAUCUCAAGGUUUAACUCAUGCAUGUUUUAUGGCUUCAUUAAUUAUUGGUUUAUCAAUAUUAUAUUUAGAAAAUUAUGAAUCAGGAAUUUAUGAAGGUGUAGAUUCAUCAAUUCAAAUGAAAUUAAUUAAUAAAUCAAAAGAUGUUUUUCAAUUUUAUUCUUCAACAAAUCCAAUGUCUUCUAGAUUUUUAGUUAUUAUUAAUCAAAUGCAAAAAGCUUUAAUGAAUAAAUAUAAAAUUGAUAUUAAUGGUGAGAAGAUUAAAAAACAAUCAAAACAACCACAUAAUGUGUCCAAAUCAUUAUCCCAGGAGAUGAAACAAUCACAAUCACAACAAGAAGAACAAGAGCAACAACGUCAACGACCAAAUGAAAAACAACAACAACAACAACAACAACAACAACAGCAAGAACAAGAACGACAACACCAACAACCACUGGAACAACAACAAGGAUCUCAACAACACCAAUAUCUCCAACAACAACUCAAACCUGAUCCAUCACCAUUAUUUACAGAUCAAUUAAUGCCAACACAAACUCCACAAGGUCAUAGUUUUAAUAAAGAUUAUGAUGAAUUUAUUGAUAAUUUUGGUACUUUAUUACCAAUGGCAACAAUGAAACAAAAUUUAACAAAUGACAAUAAUGUAAUGAAAUAUUUUCCACCAACAAAUCAAAAUUCAAAUGGAAGUAAUAAUCGUAAUGUUAAUAUUGGAAAUAAUAUUGAACUGAAUUUUAAUAAUGGUGGAAACUUUGGGUAUAAUCUGUCAAUUAUUCAACAACAACAACAACAACAAUCACAACAAGGACAAGGACAAGCUCAACCAUACCAGCAACAACAACCGCGGCUACCACAACAAACCCAACCACAACUUCCACCACCACAACAACAAUCUCAACAACAACAACAACAACAACAAUAUAAUCCUUUAAAAUAUCAAGAAUAUCCUCAAAAUUUUCAACAAAUGUAUAGAGAUAAUUCAAUAUCAAGUUCAACAAGUGAAGUAUUAGAUGAAUUUAUGUAUAAUAUUGGAUUAAAUGAAGUACUUUAUGAUGCAAAAGUUUAG